UAAUUAACCAGUGCGUGUUUUUAUUCACACUACGAACAGUUAAAAACGUUACAAUUGGUGUCAGGAGUGCGGUUAGUGUGAAAUUUCGCGAAAAUGGUUUCGUUAAUGGACUUAAAAGUGGCGGACCUUAAACGAGAGCUAGAAGAAAGGGAAUGUGAUACAACUGGAAAAAAAAAUGUGUUGCAGCAGCGGCUUCGAGAAGCGUUGGAGCAGGAAGGUGAAAAUCCAGAUGAGUAUUUAUUUGAAGGCCCUUGUGACAUGCAUUUAAUGUUGCAAAAUUUAAAAGAACUAAAAGUCGAUUUGCAACAGAAAAUGGUGGAAAGUUCUAGCGAUUUGAAAGUCGAUUUACAACAGAAGAUUCUGGAAAAUGUCAAUGAUUUAAAGGAUGAUUUGCAACAGAAAAUGCUGGAAAAUUCCAACGAUUUUCAACAAAAAAUGCUAGAAAAUUCCAAAAAUUUGAAAGAAUAUUUGGAACAGAAGAUUCUAGAAAAUGCCAAGGAAUUAAAAGAGGACGUACGGAUGGAAUUGAAUGACAGGAAAAAUUGAACGAGAAACUGGAAGUCAAAAUUAAAGAAAUAAAUAGUAAACUGACAGCUAUAAAUCUACCCAUGAUGCUGGCGGAACCAGGAACAAUGCUGGAGGGGAGCCGAGUUCGUAUGAAACCACCUCAGUUCGAUGGAA